UGGACCCCACAGCCAGUGCCCAUCAACAGAGCUCUCUAACUGUUCUAUGGCUGUAGAAGCAGGCAGAAUGCCAGAGUCUCCUGGUGAAGUUCCCGAAUAUCCUUUGUUUGUCACAGUUGGUGACUGGCUGGAUUCUAUAAAGAUGGGACAAUAUAAGAAUAACUUCAUGGCAGCAGGGUUUACGACUUUUGACCUAAUUUCAAGAAUGAGCAUUGAUGAUAUUAGAAGAAUUGGAGUCAUACUCAUUGGACACCAGAGACGAAUAGUCAGCAGUAUCCAAACUUUACGUUUACACAUGAUGCACAUACAAGAGAAAGGAUUUCAUGUAUGAAAGUACUACAAGCACUUGUGUUUUGUGCCUCAGCAUUUCUAAAGUGAAAGAUAUCCUCUCUACUACCCUCUCUUCCGAUUCUCCAAACAUCACUUCACAAACUGCAGUCUCCUGUUCAGACAAUGGGCACACACCUUUUGUUUAUGCUUCCAACCCGGAUUUUAAAAUCACGCCUCAUAGCUCCUCUCUGAGUUACCUGCAAAUGAAACCCUGGCCCACUGCAGAUUACCACUACACAAUGGUAAAUAACUCAGCAUGGAUGUGCAACUUUGUACAACAGUAUUUGGGAAGUGUUCACAAACUUAACCUAAAGGAGUUUUCCCCGGUGUGGCUUCCUUAAUGAUGGAUGUAUUUAGAGUUUGAUGAUAUAUGAAAAAGAAAUAGUUGACCUUUCUUUCAUGUUUUGUGAUCAGGUAGCUUCCAAACUGACAUAAAUAUGUUUUAGAUAAUUAUAUUCAACUCUGUGGAUCAUAUUGUUACUUUAUUUUAUAAUAGUUUAACUGUUAAUGCCUGAUGUUGUUAGACUUAUUUGCAGCAAUGACCAAUGAUUUCAUUUGGUGAAUUCUUGCCAUAUGUGACUGCGCUAAGAAGGGGGUCAUCAGGGAGGAAGAGGGAGAAACACUCUGUGCUUUUCAAUCUUCUAAGGCUGAGUUUGUCUAUUCUUUUAAAUUGACCUUGUAGUGUCCUACAUAUUUCGUAAUAAGUGGUAGUUUAGAGGCUUUUCCCCUUUAAUUUUUACUAACUACAUUACUCUCCUACAUUAUGAAGCUCACCCCAGAAAGAUCAAGAGUGAGUCCAGUGUUCUAAAGGCUUUCAUAGAGGAAGCAUGAAAUAAAACCAUGUCUGUUCCCUUGGUUCACCCUCAUAAGUUUGCAAAAGCAAUUUUCAAAGCAUUGAUAAAAUUAAUUAUUUUCAGGGGAAUUGCUUUGAAAAACAGAUCUAAGAUUAUAGCCUUAGAUAUAAUGUAAAGAAGAUUAAUUUAAACAGAAUUUUAUGAUAGCUGUAUGAGGGCCCCAAGAAUAAAUACAUUUGGCUGACAGUCUGAUAUUGGUGCAUUUUGCAAGUUUAAGAACUUUUAUAUUUUGUUCAUGAAAAAUAAGUUAGUUACAUGAACAUGCUGAGCUGUUUUCCGAACCUCUCAAGAGACAAGUAUGUCACUGCAUGUUCCAAAGGUAUGAACAGACCUAAAACAUGAGUGUAUAUAAAUUGUGUGUCAACCUGAGUCCAUAACAUAGUAACAUAAAAAUGUGAACACAGCUAUAGAGUAUUGUCAUAAUCUUCUCAGAGGCUGCAAAAAAAGGCAAAUACAUUUUUCAGUGAAUUAAGCUGAGUCAAUUUAUCAAAAUAGUACUGCUUGGUGAAUAAAUUCAAUUGUAAAAUCAGCUGUUGCCUGAGAAACUAAAAAAAAAAAAAAAAGGCUACUGUGCUAGGUGUGGAAGAGUAGGGAGAAUGUGUUAAGACAGAGGAAAAGGGGCAGGUUAUCUAAAGAUGCUGAUUUAAUAAGUCGGUUUUUCUUUGAUUUAAGAGAUAAAGGUGCCCAAACCACAUUCUCCAAUUCCUACCUAAAUUACAUUUUUUGCUAAUAGUAGCUGUCUUGCUAUUAAAGGAGACUCACUCUUUCUUUUAUUCUUCUUUUAAGAUUUGUUGACUGUCCCAUUAGACUAGACCCUUCCACAUACAUUUCUUUUGCUGAUUUAUAUCCCAAUUUUUGCCUACUGCAGCUUAAUUUUUUCUCAUUUCAAAUAAAAAUUGUAUAGAACUAGAAGGAAGAGUCUUUAAAGUAUUCCUUAAAGUAUAUUUAAAAAAAGAAAAAAGUGAGAAAUUCAUCACUUUUUAAGUAAGUGUGUCAGAAAUAGCAACAUUUUCUACCCAUCACUUGCAUGGUCAUGCAUCACUCAUACACUAUCUGCAGUUUGCUUGAUACAUUUACACAAAUCUGGAUACAUUUAGAGGAAAUAUAAAAUUUCCAUAUUUACUGUCUUCAAAUAUAUAUUAAAUAAGAACAGAUGUAAAACAGAUUAAAUUUAUUAAUCAUAUAUAUUUAUUUUUAUAAUACAACAAAAAAGGUAUUUAGAAACAUAAGGAAUAGAAUAAUUAUGGUCUUCCAUAGGACUCUGUCAGCAACAUCUGUAUACUUUGAUGAAAUAAAUUCUAUAAAGUAUUUAAACUUCUUUGAGAUGGGCAUUCAGUACUUGAAAGA